ACUCCGAUAAAUACGGAACCAAUACUUCCUCAGUCUCAUCAUCAUCAUCAUCAUCAUCUCUCUCUGCCUCUCCAAUGGCGGAUUUCUCUCUGUUGCCUUUCUCCUCCAUCUUCUUCUUCCUCCUCCUCUUGCCUCUCUCCCACCAAAUCUCAACCUCGGAUCACGAGGAGCCCCUGCAGACCUUCAUCGUCCACGUCUCCAAGGCCCACAAGCCCGCCCUCUUCUCCACCCACCGCCACUGGUACUCCUCCGUUCUCCCCCGCCCCUCCCACCUCCUCUACUCCUACGACCGCUCCGCCUCCGGCUUCUCCGCCCGCCUCUUCCCCUCCCAGGCUGCCUCCCUCCGCCGCCUCCCCGGGAUCCUCUCCGUCGUCCCCGACGCAGUCCGCCACCUCCACACCACCCGCACCCCCCACUUCCUUGGCCUCUCGGAGGGCUCUGGCCUCUGGCCCGACUCUAAUUACGCGGACGAUGUCAUCGUUGGGGUGCUCGACACCGGGAUUUGGCCCGAGCGGCCGAGCUUCUCCGACUCGGGCCUGUUACCCAUUCCGAGCAGCUGGAAGGGGGCCUGCGAGGUCUCUAAGGACUUUCCCGCCUCCGCCUGUAACCGUAAGAUCAUCGGGGCAAGAGCCUUCUACAAAGGAUAUGAGGCCUACUUGGGGAAGCCCAUGGACGAGUCGAAGGAGUCCAGGUCCCCGAGAGACACUGAGGGCCAUGGGACCCAUACAGCAUCUACAGCCGCUGGAUCUCUGGUCAAGAACGCGAGCUUCUACCAGUAUGCACCUGGGGAAGCCCGGGGGAUGGCAACAAAGGCCCGAAUUGCUGCCUACAAGAUCUGUUGGAGGUUGGGGUGCUUCGACUCUGACAUAUUAGCAGCCAUGGAUCAGGCAAUCGAGGAUGGCGUCCAUGUGAUCUCCCUCUCGGUUGGUGCCACUGGUUAUGCCCCACAGUACGACCAUGACUCCAUCGCGAUUGGGGCGUUCAGUGCAGUUCAACAUGGAGUCUUUGUCUCGUGCUCUGCCGGAAACUCUGGCCCGGGACCUUUCACUUCCGUGAACAUUGCCCCGUGGAUUUUGACAGUUGGAGCUUCUACUAUAGAUAGGGAGUUCCCGGCUAAUGCUGUUCUUGGUGAUGGAAGGAUCUUUGGAGGAGUCUCCCUCUAUGCUGGCGAGCCUCUUGGGGACACGAAGCUCCCGUUAGUCUAUGCAGGAGAUGCGGGGUCCCGGUAUUGUUACACCAGGAAGCUCAAUGAGUCCAAGGUUGUUGGGAAGAUUGUCGUGUGCGAUAGGGGAGGGAGUGCCCGGGUCGAAAAGGGGAGUGCAGUGAAACUUGCCGGUGGGGUCGGGAUGAUCCUCGCCAACACCGAGGAGAGCGGGGAAGAGCUAAUUGCAGAUGCACAUCUCAUUCCGGCCACUAUGGUGGGUGCGACUGCCAGGGAUAAAAUCCGUGAGUACAUUAGGACGGAUCAAUCCCCAACGGCAACAAUCGAGUUCCUGGGCACAGUGAUUGGGUCAUCCCCUGCAGCUCCCAAGGUUGCUUCCUUCUCCAGUCGCGGCCCUAAUCACCUAACGGCAGAGAUUCUCAAACCUGAUGUGAUUGCCCCAGGGGUGAAUAUUCUGGCCGCUUGGACAGGCGCCAGUGGGCCUACCAACUUAGAUAUCGACCCAAGGCGGGUCGAGUUUAACAUCAUCUCAGGGACCUCGAUGUCGUGCCCCCAUGCAACUGGCCUUGCAGCCCUGCUCCGGAAGGCUCACCCGGACUGGUCUCCCGCUGCGAUAAAAUCCGCCCUGAUGACCACAGCUUAUAACUUUGACGAUUCUGGGAAGAACAUUAAGGAUCUUGCAAAUGGGGAGGAAGCAACCCCGUUCAUCAAUGGGGCAGGACACGUGGACCCAAACCGGGCCCUUGAUCCGGGGCUCGUGUAUGACAUUGUCUCGAAGGACUACGUAGCAUUCCUCUGUGCGAUCGGGUACGAUUCCCAGAGGAUCUCCGUCUUUGUCAGGGAGCCCGUGAGCACGAAUUCUUGUGAACAACAGGUCCUUGCUUCCCCAGGGGACUUGAAUUACCCUUCAUUCUCCGUCGUGUUCCAGUCGGACAAUAACGGCAUGGUUAAAUACCAGCGGGCUGUGAAGAAUGUUGGGAGCGCAUCGGAUGCUGUUUAUGAAGUCAAGAUCAAUGCUCCAAAUGAUGUCGAGGUGAGCCUCUCGCCUAGCAAGCUCGUUUUCAGCGCACAGAACCAGAUUCUAUCCUAUGAGAUCACAUUCUUGAGCCUCGGGUUUGGGUCACCGGGUCUCAACUCUCCAAGGUUUGGAUCCAUUGAAUGGUCCGAUGGAACCCAUCGGGUAAGGAGCCCGAUCGCCGUGAGGUGGCACCAGGAAUCAGUCAAGUCCGUGUGAGCUGCAAAAUCAGUCGAGUGCUUCAGCUAAUGACGCAGUUUCUCGAGGAUUUCUUGCAGUUGCUCAGGGAUUUUAGCCAUUGUAACGGGUUAUAUGCGUGUACAUUUGUUGUCUCAUACCCAGUAAGAAAUUAUUCUCGUCCUCGGCCUAACAGAUCCUGCAAUCUGACCGGUUACAAACACGGAUGGGUCUCGAUUCGGUUUAUUGAGUCGCAUGAUCUUGUAUGUGAAUAGUACUUAAGUAUUUGAAACCGGUGAUUUUGUUUUCA